AAGGUUGCAUAUGAAGUGAGUGCACCUGAUACUUUGCCCCCUCUACAGAACCUAAUUAAGUUUUCUCCCUUAAACUAUUCUCUACCGAAAAUAAUUUUCACGCCAAAACUCUGUUCAAAACAACUAUGUAACAUCCUCUGUUUCAUUCUGUGCAGGAAUACGCGUUCAUUCCUUCUACUUUCUUACCCAUUCCUCUACCAUGUUCUGGAUCCUUGAGAAACAACUCAGGCGCUUCUGCUCUCGUCUCCGGUGGCCGAUUCGCCGCAGGCCCAAGUCCAAAUUUCUCAUCAGCAAAUUUGGUAGAUCAAAAUCCAAGACUCAAAAUGAGACUAUUAAUGAGUUUGCCCCUGUUCAUCCAAAUGACCAAUUGGAUGAGGUGAAGCCGAUAAAGAUAGCUACUUUUAACGCUGCCCUCUUUUCCAUGGCUCCUGUAGUACCUACAACACAGAAUACUUCCACUUUUGACUUUGAAAAUGAAGAUCGCCAAAAGUUUACGAGGUCUAAAGACGUUAUUUUGCGUAGCAAGUCCACAAAUGAUCAGCCAAAAAGCAUACUAAAGCAGUCUCCCCUGCAUCCCAACUCCUUGAAUAGUGAGGAGAAUCUUUCCAGGCAGCAAAAGUUUGCUAAAUCAAAAUUAAGGGUAUCCAUCAAUUUGCCAGAUAAUGAGAUUUCAUUACUGAGAAAUAGGCAAUUGGGAUUUGUGGAAGACAAGGAAACUACCAUAGGUAGCAAUCUGACUAGAAUUCUGAGAGGAAAGGCCCAUAUGAGGUCACAGAGUGCGAUUUCUACAAGAUAUGUAGGAAAUACGAUGGAUGGAAACAGCUAUAAGAGUACAAGAACAGUGGUUGAAGUGUUGGAAGAGUUGGAUGCUGAUAUAUUGGCUCUGCAAGAUGUGAAAGCAGAGGAGGAGAAAGAUAUGAAGCCUCUUUCAGAUUUGGCUGCUGCUUUGGGAAUGAAUUAUGUUUUCGCUGAGAGCUGGGCUCCUGAGUAUGGCAAUGCUAUCUUGUCCAAGUGGCCGAUAAAGAGAUGGAAAGUGCAUAAGAUCUUUGACGAUACUGAUUUCAGAAAUGUUCUUAAGGCCACAAUCGAUGUGCCCCAGAAAGGGGAGGUCAACUUCUACUGCACCCAUCUUGAUCACCUUGAUGAGAACUGGCGGAUGAAGCAAAUAAAUGCCAUAAUACAGUGUAAUGAUGGUCCCCAUGUCUUAGCUGGAGGCCUGAAUUCCCUGGAUGAAACGGACUAUUCCUCAGAGAGGUGGAUGGAUAUUGUCAAGUAUUAUGAGGAGAUGGGGAAGCCAACACCAAAGGUUGAGGUGAUGAGGUUUUUGAAGAGUAAGCAAUACACAGAUGCCAAGGAGUUUGCAGGAGAAUGCGAGCCAGUGGUCAUGAUAGCUAAAGGGCAAAACGUUCAAGGGACCUGCAAGUAUGGAACUCGGGUAGAUUACAUAUUGGCUUCCUCAAGCUCACCAUACAAUUUUGUUCCAGGGUCUUACUCAGUGUUGUCUUCAAAAGGAACUUCAGACCAUCACAUUGUCAAAGUUGAUAUGAUCAUAAAAGUUAAUAGUGAUGAUCAACAAAAUAUCACUAGAAAGAGACGCCAACUUAAACACAAAGUUGUAAAGAUAACAAAUUCUUCUCCUUCUAAAGGUAUAUGGAAAGCACAAACAUUAGACUGAUAGAUUUUGAUUGUUUUAUGCCAAAUAAUAUAUAUAUUUUAGCCUUGUUUUGGUUUCUUUCAUCGUUCAUGGGAGAGAGAAAGCAAAGGCUUUGCUUUGUAAAUCACUGCAGGGAGUUGGGACUUUAUUAUUAUUUUGUAUAGAUAGCUUUUAGUGGGGUAUUUGAGAAAUGGGAACAAACAGCCUUCUGCUUCUUCUUAUGGUGCUUCAUUCAUGAGUUGGUAUUAGAAUAUAACAACAGUUGUGGAAACAAAAAAGAAAGAAUCUGUGUGUUUUAUCAAUCUGUUAGUUGUAUCCCAUUAAGGACAUUGAAAUUGAAAACGCAUAAUGACAAUUUUUUUUUUUAAA